AUGUUCAAGCACCGGAUGCUGUUGAACAUGAUGGUUUGUCUGCCUAUGGACGUCGCUACAGGUCUGAUCCUGUAUUCCGAAGGUCUGAGCUCUUGCGCAGAAGAGGGUACUUCGCUACACCGAGAGGCAUCGAAAUACACCGCCAAAGGAACAAAAGAGAUGCUGCUACCAAAAAAAGCACUACUAGGUCGUGAGUAUCAAGAGAGCUCUGCCUACCGUCGAACGGUUGGCCUUAGAACCCUCCUUCAUCAAAAGGCCAAGACUGGUCGACUUGAAGAAGCUUGGUCAUGGAAAACCCAUGCCCCUAUCGUAUAUCCCACCCGCGUCGAUCAUCAUUGUACAGCCUGCGACCAAGACCGUUAUCUGAAGACGUGGUGGAGCCAAAAACAAGACCCUACGAACAGCGACGAAUCUCUUUACAUGUGUACUCGUUGUUUUGCUAGUGAUCCUGACCGCAUCAUCCCGGAGAGGCAUCCUCCCAAUCUGCCCUCCUUCUUCACAGACACUGUCGACAAGAGAGACCAUCCUUGA